GCGGGGAGCGGCUGCGAGGACGUGCAAGGUGAACGGGGGCUGCAGGCUUUGCGCCCAGCUGCUGCCCCCAGUUCUGGCCACAGGGUUCUGGCCACAGGGUUCCGUCCAGUUCUUGGGCUCAGGGAGGGGCUAUGAGAAUAGGAGAAAUCUUGGGGAGAUCCACCUGAGCCCCAAGCCAGUGGCGGGAGACCUAAGAGGAAUGGAAAGACUGAAUGCUUCCUAGAGGGAGAUGCACAGGCUUCUUCAGUGAGGUCUGGAGUGGAGGCAGAGUGAACCAUGGUCGCCUGUGCUCUCCUGCCUCUGCUGCUGUGGGUUCUAAGGGCUGGCCCUGUACUGGGCCGGGAGCUGCCCAGACCCCCUGACGACUCAGAGCCAUACCUAACUGCAGUUGUCCGUCCUAAAGGCCUUGAGGGUCCCCAGUCCCAGGCUUCUGACUUCUGGGAGAAAGCCAGAGAUGGAGACUCCUGGAACUCCGCUGUGUCCUCCAUCCCUGCUGGAGAGCUGCCCCUUGGCCCAGCCCUGCAUGGUCCGAGAGCUGCCUCGGGGCCACCCCGAGUAGGACCUGCGGUAACAGAUGACUUACAGAUGGCUCGAGGGUCAACUUCUCUGGGCUGGACAGGACCUCUUGACUCCCAGGAGAGUAAGGAGCACGAAGUACCAGGCCCACACCCAGGGGGGCCUCCCCAGCUUACUGUCAUUCCCACAACUGUCAGAAUCCAGCUUGGGGGUGCCACAGCUCCUCCCCUCCUUGGGGCAUCUGCAGGUCUACAACCACCUAGCGAGCAGGGGGUGUUGAUUGGAGACAAGACCAGUGCCCCUGAGAUACCCCCCUGGGAUGGCCACAACCCUCUCCACACUCCCAGCACCCCUCUGGGUACUGCCGGAAGCCCCGUGCUGGAGUCUCGGGGUGCUGAGGAAGACUUCCAGGAGGUGGCUCGAGGCCCCCCACUCAUCCAGCAGGGUCAUGCACCCCCUGAUCAGCAGGGCUCUGAGAUUCCAAUUGAAGGGGGCUCCUCUCCAGAGCCUGAAACCCAGCCAGAUCUGGCCAAAACUGGAAGCCACCCUCCUGCUCAAGAGACACCAGUGGAGCCCCCCAGGAAGGAUGGGGGUAGAGAAGAGAGCUCCCCAAGUCCCUCACCCAAGCAGACUGACCCCCCUGAUGUCAGGGGCACCCCAGCUACAGAGAGUUCUCAGGCUCCAGAGGUCUCUGUGAUGAACGGUGUGGACCCCAUUUCCCCUCAGCGGGUGAGAGGGGCGGUGGGGAGUCCAGGGACCCCCAAGUCUCUCAUCCCUAGCCUGCUGGACCCCGGCCCAGCUCCAAACCGGACAGACAUUCCUAAGGAGGCUCUCAAGCCAGAUGACACUGAGGACUGGCCUGGACGCCCCCAAAGUCAUCCCCCAGCACCCCCAGUUCAGGCCCCUUCCACGUCUCGCAGGGGCCUCAUCCGCAUCACCACACAGCGAGCCCUGGGUCAACCUGGCCUUCCGGAGCCCCCGGCCAGCUCCAUGGCCCCGGUGCCAGUGUCCAGCCCCCCGGCCAAUGCCACGGCCCCGCCACUGCUCUGGGGCCCCCUGAGAAGGGUGCUAAGCUUCUCCUGGGAGCUGCACGUCUACGGGGUGGGGGUGCUCUUCCUGCUGCCUGCCCUGCUGGCACUGGCCACACUGGCAGCCGCUCCAUCUGGGCCCAGGCUGGCACUGGCAGCAGCGGCAUUGGUGUUGGUGGGUGCAGUGCUUCGCUCGGCCUAUAUGCUGGCUGACCCCUACGGCUCGCAGGCUCGGCUGGGCAUCCAGGCAGGCCUGGUGCUUUAUAACCUGCCCUUCCCUUUGCUGGUCACAGCACAGGGGGCUCUGUCCCUGCUGGGCCUGGGCACAGGGCUGCCACCGCAGCUGCAGAAACCGCUCCUGCUGGCUGUGCUGGCCGGGUUGCACUUGCUGAUCUUGCUGACCACCGACCUACUGUCCAGAAGGCCUGUGCUCAACCUCCUGGCCCAGGGCUUCUCCUGCGCCUGGGGUGCCACCGUGGCUCUGGGCACGCUCUGCCUGUGUCGUCGUCGCCUGCUGGCCGGGCCCAGGGCCUGGGACAGCAGCAGCCCUGGCCCUCGCUUGCUGGCCGUGGCUGGCUCCUUGGGUCUGCUGGCCUGUGGCUUGCAGCUGGCAGCCUCCCUCUGGCUGUACCCGGAUCCGGGCCAAGUGGGGCGCUUCUCCUGGGCCUGGUGGGGUGUGCACUUCUGGCUGCGAUUGCUGGAGCUCACCUGGGCGUUGGCACUGGCUCUGGCAGCAGUGGCCGCUGCUAGGCCUCGUCCACCCAUGGAGCAUGCCUGCUGGGCCAAGCUGCUGCGCCUGGCCUGCCCAGCCCCUCAGGGCAAGAGUGAGGUGCCUGAGCGCCCCAACAACUGCUACGUGGGGGGUCCCAGCGUUCCAGUGAAUUUGCAUGGCCUGGAACUCAACAGAAGCCUGAUUCGCAAUCCUGCAGAGCUGGGCCUCUCUGCAACACCCAGUUCAGGCGCCUGGGGCUCUAAUGCAUCUUUAGGCCGCAUGCAUCCUGCAGGCCCGGGGCUGUCUCGCAGCAGCGUGGGUCCAACCGGGUCCUUGAGCGAGCUGGAUCUGCGUCCACCAUCGCCCAUCAACCUAAGCCGCAGCAUCGACGCAGCGUUGUGCAGAGAGCACUUGGUGAGGGGCAGUGUGUUCCACCGCUGCGCUUUGUCCUCCUCGCCGCCAGGGGGCGCGCUGCAGUCGCGCCGCCGGGGCAGCCACCCGGAGGUGGCGCUCGAGCUGGAGCUCGACGGCGCCGCUUCACUGCGCCUGCGCGGUCGGUGCCACUCGCUCAGCGAUGUGUCGCGCGUGCGCAGACCGACCCCGGCGCACCUGCAGGAGGGACACGGAGGGGAUGCUGCUGCAAUGGCCACGUCGGCCUUGAGCUCCCUGGACAGCUUCUCCCGCGGCUCCCUCAAGAUCAGCUGGAACCCCUGGCGCCAUGGGUUGUCCUCGGUGGACAGUCUGCCCCUGGAGGAGCUGCCCAGCACCGUGCAACUGCUGCCAUCACAUGCACCUGCACCACCAGGGCCUUCUGCAGAGCAUCCUAGGGUGGUGCAGCCGCAGCCUCGUUGCAGGCCCGGGGACUCACGCAGCGCCUCCAGCGACACCAUUGAGCUCUAAGGACUCAGCCCUAGGCCCGGGAUCAGGAAUCUGGUCUUCAACUGCU